UAACCGGAACGACGUCUUACAAAGUCAUGACAGUGCUUAAGAUGCCGCAGUUAGCACGGAUGCUAACUCGUUGAUAAACGGCUGAAGCAUGCUCUUGGCACAGCUCAACCGGGACUCCCAGGGAAUGACGGAGUUUCACGACGCCGACGGGCAGCCGGUCACACUCUGCCUGACCGAGGCGGUGACUGUGGCGGAUGGUGAUCAGAUGGACACCAUGGACACAGUGAGCCUGCAGGCUGUCACCUUGGUAGACGGCUCCACCGCCUACAUACAGCGCGAUGCCAAGCCAGGGUUUUCUGACGCGCAAAUCAUGGACGGCCAGGUCAUCCAACUGGAGGAUGGCUCGGCCGCCUACGUCCAGCACGUGUCCAUGCCCAAAGCAGGAGGAGACAGUUUGCAGCUGGAAGAUGGACAAGCAGUUCAACUUGAAGAUGGAACAACAGCCUUCAUACACACACCCAAAGAAACGUACGAGCACGCCGGUCUGCAGGAGGUGCAGCUGGAGGACGGCAGCACGGCGUACAUCCAGCACACGGUGCACAUGCCACAACCCAACACCAUCCUGGCUAUCCAGGCCGACGGAACCAUCUCUGACCUGCAGGCCGAGGCCACUGCCAUCGACCCCGAAACCAUCAGCGUGCUGGAGCAGUACACCACCAAGGUGGAGAACAUCGAGAACCCUUUGGUUCCCUUCGGCAGAGUGGAGGCAGACAAUGGGGUGCACAUGCGGAUUGUGCUGCAGGGUCAGGAAAACAGAACGGCGAGGGUGACCAAUGUCAGCGAGAAGUCAUUCCGCUGUGAACACGAGGACUGCGGAAAAUUGUACACCACCGCACACCAUCUCAAGGUGCACGAGCGCUCGCACACAGGAGACAAGCCGUACAUAUGUGACUAUCCGGGAUGUGGGAAGAAGUUUGCAACAGGAUAUGGACUGAAGAGUCACUCACGGACGCACACUGGCGAGAAGCCCUAUCGAUGUCAGGAGCUCAACUGCUGCAAGUCCUUCAAAACCUCGGGAGACCUUCAGAAGCACACACGCACACACACAGGAGAGAAGCCGUUCAAGUGUCCAGUGGAGGGCUGCGGCCGGUCCUUUACCACCUCCAACAUCCGUAAAGUGCACAUCCGCACGCACACGGGCGAGCGGCCGUAUUACUGCGCUGAACCCAACUGCGGCCGCUCCUUCGCCAGCGCCACCAACUAUAAGAACCACAUGAGGAUCCACACCGGGGAGAAGCCGUACGUGUGCACUGUGCCCGGCUGCGAGAAACGCUUCACCGAGUACUCGAGCCUCUACAAGCACCAUGUGGUGCACACCCCGUGCAAGCCAUACAACUGCAACCACUGCGGCAAGACCUAUAAGCAGAUCUCCACGCUGGCCAUGCAUAAGCGCACCGCCCACAACGACACGGAGCCCAUCGAGGAAGAGCAGGAGGCCUACUUUGAGCCACCCACAGAUGCCAUCGACGACCCCAAUGUGAGCUACUCAACAGCGACGGCACCACCGCCGGGGGUGGAAGGAGAGGACUCGGGUUCCGAGCAUGUUGCUGUGGAGAGUGCCGACGUGGUCGCUCAGCAGCAUGUUGCCUUGGUGACGCAGCCGGACGGGACGCAACAGCAGGUUAGCAUCUCUGAAGCAGAAUUACAAGCCAUGGGUGGUACCAUCACCAUGGUGACCCAAGAAGGGACUACCAUAACUAUCCCAGCCCAUGAAUUGGCCACGCAGGGUGCUCAGGUGGCCAUAAUGACACCCGGCAUGACUUCAUUUGAAACAGUGGAGGAGGCCACUUACAGUCAGGAGCAGGAAGACCUUCACCCUGUCACCUUGCUGGCUACCUCCAAUGGUACUCACAUUGCUGUCCAGCUUAGCGAUCAGCCGUCGUUGGAGGAAGCCAUCCGAAUAGCCUCAAGAAUCCAGCAAGGAGAGUCACCUGGCCUGGACGAUUGAUAUCGGAUGGGAAUCGGAAUUAAGUUGGACUUUAAAAAAAAAAAAAAAAAAAAAAUCAAGCAAAAGCGAACUCGCAAGUCUUCCUUCAAAGUUGUUUUGUCUCCCUCCCACCGCCUCAUGCAAAUGAACAUUGUUUUUUAAGUGUAAAUAGGAUUUUGAUAACUGGACAAUUUUGUCAACCAAACAGAUGAUGGGGUGUGGGGUGUACUUUCUAAUGAUCAUCCACAGUGCAGGGUACAGCUAAUGCUAUUUCUAAUAAUAAAGAAAAUAAUUUAAAAGCA